AGAAAGAGUAAAAGAAUAAAAUUACAUCUCUGUCGCCGCGCAAGAAGCAUCAUUCGCCUUUCAAAGGAAAUAAAAAUUAUUUUUCGGUGAAAAAUCCGUUUAGUGUAGUCUCCGCAUUCUUUCUACUACAAUAAUUAGAGAUUUCAGCGUUCGAAUUUUUUGAUAAAUACCAUUGAAGCUCCAAACUGUCAGCGAUAAUGAGCAGCAAAAAAGGAACAUCCAAAAACGAACAACCAGUAGACGAUGGUGCCGAAUUCUCCGUUGAAAAAAUUCUGGAUCGAAGAGUUGUAAAUGGAAAGGUUGAAUACUAUCUGAAAUGGAAAGGUUACUCUUCCGAUGAAAACACUUGGGAACCAGAAGAAAACUUGGACUGCCCAGACUUGAUUCAAGCUUUUGAAGACGCUAGAAAGAAGAAGGAGAAAGAUGGUAAGGAAGAAAGCUCUGGCAGAAAGGCGGGACGUAAAUCUGGAGUAUCUGAUGAUUCCAAGGCCCCCGCAGCGAAAAGAAAGUCUACAGCUGGAGAAGAUAAGAAGAUCGGAUUUGAUCGAGGUCUCGAACCAGAGGAAAUUCUCGGUGCUACCGAUCAUAAUGGCCAGCUAAUGUUUUUAAUGAAGUGGAAAGAUGCGGCCAAUGCGGAUCUCGUGCCGGCUAAGCAAGCAAACGUUAAGUGUCCACAGAUCGUUAUCAAAUUCUACGAAUCCCGCCUGACAUGGCAGACAUCGGAAAAGAAAAAUGACGCCAAGGACGAUUAUGCCUAAAGAAAUAAUGAUAGUAUAGAUACACACACAGCUUAACUAUAAGAAUAUGGAUAUGUGAAUCUAUUUUAAGUAUCAUAUUUCUCUUACCUUUUUGCUGAUCAAACCAGCAGGAAGAGUUGACAAAAAUGUAACUUUCGUGCAUCAAAACAUGCAUACAGGAAUUUUCGGUAUAGUUUCCUUGGAACAGUUCUCUUCUUAUUUCUUUUGAUCUAUUGAACAUUGUAAAUCAAAAUCAACCAAUGCAAGCCGUUUUAUUCAUUGGAAUAUAAAAAUAACUACGAUGUACGCAGGUGAUUAUAGCUGUUGUUGUUGAGACAGUUUGGAGGACUUUAUAUUUUGUUCAUUUUCCUAUAUAAUUUGUUAUUUGAAACAUGUCAAAGUCAGUUCACAUGCACCGCAUAAUGUUCUACUUAACCCCGGUACAAAAACGCAAAUUUGAAUGAGAAUUUCUUCAUCUUUCAACAUUUGCAACCCUCGGACUACUUUGGAUAUCGUAUUAUGAAAUGAAAAGCUACGAUCCCCAGUAUUCCAUGCUCGCAAUAACUGCUUGUGCUGAAACUAACAAGGAUUUACAAGAGCUGAUCGUCAAGUUGUCAUGGAAACGUUUCUAUUUUUUUUUACAAACACAAACAUCUGAAGUAUAUGUAAGAAAGUGAACAUUUAAUUGCUAGUAAUCAAUAAAAUAAGGAACCCAACUA